AUGCUAGCGGUGUCUGCCAGUUUGCUGGACAAAGCUGAUGCUGAGGCUCUCUCUAAAAGUGGUGUGUACCUUUAUCUCGACGACCUCACCAUACUAGUGUCAUGUGGGACCAGUCCAGUUGCGAACCGAUUCCUCACCGCACUAAAUAAAGUGGCCAGGUCAACUGGUUUCUCCUUUCCGGACGAGAAGGGGAACGACAACCUCAAGGACCACCAGUUUCGUCAUCUCGACCCGCCGGGAGUUCAUCCCAGGGUGCGUCUCUGUGGAGAUCUACUGCGCACAGUCGGUGGACAGCAGCUCCGUCAACACGGUUGGGAUGGACGGUUCACUUUGGAGAAGGGUAGCUGGGAUUAUAACGUACUCCACCGUUGUAUCCAGGAGAUUGUUGAGCACGUAUCGCACCGUUGCUCUCAUACAACAGGAUCCUCACCAUGCAGGGAAUUACUCGUAUGGUCCGAUGCUAGUCCUUCUGGAGCCGGUUACUGCUGCUUUGCCGGACCAAAGGGUGGAGUGAAAGAAUGGUAUUUGGGAGGUAACGCCUUUAUAUGGUCUGAUCCCUCUCGCUCGUACCACAUAAAUCGCAAGGAGCUCAUAGCUCUAGGUAAAGCGGUGACCUACGUGCACUCUCUGGUGGUGGAGUGUCCUUCGCUCAUCCUGUCGCAGGGUACUGGUAGCUCUACUCUGCCUCUAAGGAGGGUAGUUUUCCAUAGCGACCCUCAAACUGCUCUUUCGUGGGCGGAGUUGGGCCAUGCGGGGUGCUCAAGCACUGAGAAGGUGAUGGUUAAGAGACUGGCCAACAAUCUCAGAGAGUUGAUCGACGAGAUCCGCACCUACGGUGUUGAGGUCGCCAUGAAGAAGGUCACCGGCGAAGCUAACGCAGAGGCCGACAAGCUGAGUAGGCUACUGGAGGAUAUGGGGCUUCAUGACCAGACUGGGAACGUGGAAGUUGAGGAUCCUUCUAGUCAACGACUGUCCGUAGUCGUGAGUCCCAACGAUGGAGGCCUGGGCUUACCGGGGGAUGAGGCUCGUCGGCGUUUUGCAAGCAUUCAGCAAUCUUCUGAAAAGAUGAAGGACAUCAUCCACAAGCUUUCCGAGGCCGAUUACCCGGAUGGUAUACUGGUGGAUGGCAAAACAGAGUAUCUAAAAGUGGACAAUGGCCUCCUCGUCGCCAUAAAGUUCCCUCAUGGUGAUACUGGCAGUAUCAUACUGCUGAGCCUGCUCGCCAAGGACUUCUGGAUCCCAUGGAUCACCGCCAUUGCUGCUAAGAUUGUUCGGGAGUGUCCCGACUGCCGGGCUGCUGCGACAUCGAGGUUCUUUGGACUGUCCGGCGGGGGCUAUAACCACUUGGAUGCUGGUGUUCGAAACAUCUGGAGCGUCGUGAGCUGUGACCUGGCUGGCCCAUUCGUUAAGUCGAAGCGGAACCAUACUUAUGCUCUGGGAGAUCGGUCUCUCAUGGCAUGGAGACAGUGUUCGACAUUCUCGGGGACUCCUGAGAGGCUACGCAGUGAUGGCGGACCAUGCUUCAGGAGUCGGUUCCUGGGCAACUUUCUUUCUCGUCGAGUGGUGAAGCAGCAGGUCUGUCUGCCCUAUGCUCCUUGGCAGAAUGGUGGUGCCGAAGCUGCGGUCGGUUCUCUAAAGCGCACCCUUUGCCGCUACCGCGAUGUCUACAAUGCUAAUGGCAGAUGGGAGGAGCUCUUGGCUAAGGCUAUGCGUCGUGCCAAUGCCAAGCCGGGUCUGACUGGGAAGAGUAGCUUUCAGAUCUUCUUCGGCAGGGCUCGCCCUGAUUUUCCAGAGGUUAUCGACGGCAUCAACAAGGAGAGAGAGGAGCUGAAAGAAGACGUCAUCCAGGCGAAGGAGGAUCGGUCCCCGGUGACGACAUUGAGACCGAGGCGGAAAGCUCAGAUGCCUAAGAUCGGUGCUGGACAUGGGAAGGGGAGAUAUAGCACUGAUUGA